AUGGCCAAGCUGCUCUAUACACUCAAGCUGGCUUUGAUGGAGAAGCACAUCGAGUUGCUUCCCCAGGGCACAAUCACCACACGCGCUAGCGGUGGCCUGUACACGUUUGGCGAGGGUGACAGCGGUAAGCUCGGCCUGGAGCCCAACCAGCUGCCCGGCCACCGUGCUCCCCAGCUGGUGAAGGGGGUCCCAGGGCCGGUGAGCCAGGUGUUCUGCGGCGGGGGGCACACGGUGGUCCUCGCAGAAGAGGGGGUCUACACCUUCGGCCUGGGCCAGUUCGGGCAGCUGGGCCAUGGGACGUUCGUGUUUGAGUCCCGAUCCCCCCACGGGGUGGAGCACUUCAGGAGGGGGCGGGCCGCUGGGGUCUCCUGUGGGGAGAACCACACGGCCGUCAUCACAGAGAGCGGUCUGCUCUACACAUUUGGAGAUGGUCGCCACGGCAAGUUGGGCCUGGGGGAGGAGAACUUCACCAACCAGUUCCAGCCCACACUCUGCCCCCACUUCCUGCAGUACCGCGUCCAGGCAGCAGCGUGCGGCGGCUGCCACCUGGUGGUGCUGGCACGACCCCGCGACCCCACCCUCGACCCCGUGACCCUAGAGGAGGAGGACCUGACCGAGGACUACCUAGAGGGCGGCGGCCUGGAGAUCCUGGGGGACACGAUCACCACGACAACCACCUCCACCCUCCAGAGGAGCCUCUCGGCCCGGGUCCGCAGGAGAGAGAGGGAACGCUCCCCGGACCAGUUCGGCGCCAUGUUCAGUACGCUGCCUGCCCGGACGCCGGCCUACCUCAACCCGCCCCUUCCUGUCCACACCAACACAGUCCCGCCCCCACGCCUGGCCCCGCCCUCGUCGCUGCCAUUGGCCCACAGACAGGUGCACAACGGCAUGCACCAACACCAGGAGGCUGACGGCGUUCUGGACGGACUGACGGACACAGACAGCGUCAGGGGGCUGGGGGACACCGCUGACUUCCUCAACAUGACGCAUCUCUUGAAGGUGGACCCCAACGAUCAGUCACUAACAAUGUCCCCCGUUCAAAAGAGGAAGGGUAAGCACACCGACGAUAAGGGCGUCCGAGGGGGGCCCAAGAAAGAGAACUGGGAGACCGGGAUCAAGGGCCCACAGACCCCCUGGGGGCCCCAGCACUCAACCCAGAAGGGGGACUGCAGCCCCCACCGGGCCCUGCCUACAGAGCUCUUAAAGAGCUGGGGCCAGUCGGACCCCCAGGGGCCCCGAAUUUCAUCCAAUCCCCAGGGGCCCCGACCUUCAUCCAAUCCCCAUGGUUCCCAGAAAUUGGACACAAAAAUUCUGACUUUGUCACACCUUAAAACGAAAACGAAGGAAAAGGCACAAAGCGCCGCGGUUCCGGUCCAAAGGUCGGAGGUCGAGUUGGAACCCGCCGAGCUCAAUCCGCCUCGCUCGCCCAAGGGAGCAAAGCCCAAAGGCCGGCCGCUAAUGGUGCAGACAAAACGCUCCGGCGGAGAUCCGAAGUCUUCGGCCGACAAAGCGUCCAAUCUCAAAUCCGACGAUGUGUCGUCACUUCCUGUCGAUGACAGGAAGCCGACCCCCCCGGCCAGGAAACGACCGGGGGGGAGGAAGCAGGAAAAGGAAUCGCUGAACAGGAAGGAGGCGGGGGAGGAGGGCGAGGCAAAGCCGUCGCGAGGACUCGGACCGGGCGUGGCCGGCGUCGUCAUGGCGACCACCGCAGCCGCGGUUGCCGGCGCUGUCGUCGGGGGAGUAGUCACGCAGGUGGCAUCUGGUUGGGACUCCUCCCCCGUCACCUCGCCAGACCGGCGGGAGAGAGAGCACCGGUCUCGGAGCGAGGAGGAGGAGGAGGAGGAGGAGGAGGAGGAGGAGGAGGAGGAGGAGGAGGAGCAGGAGCAGGACCCUUCUCCCAGGAGGCAGACCUCCGUCAGUGUCGAGACCCCUCCUCCUGGUGGUGCAGAAGGGGUGGAGACGGGAAGUGCCGAGGAGGAAGAGGUGGCGGCCACUACCAAGGGCCAAUCGGAGAGCAGCGUGGCCGACGUGCUCUCAGUCAAUGAGGGAGAGGAGGAGGAAGAGGAGGAGGAGGAGAAGGGGAAAGACACGAGUGUGAGCGAAGAGGAGGAGCAGGAGGAGGAAGGGGGAAGUCAUAGCAGCUCAGUGGUUACAGCGAGAGAGGAGGAGGAGGAGGAAGGACGAGGUCUUAGCGGCUCUGAGGUCACAGGGAGAGAAGAGGAGGAUGAGGAGGAAGGACGAGGCCUUAGCGGCUCUGAGGUCACAGGGAGAGAAGAGGAGGAGGAGGAGGAGGAAGGACGAGGCCUUAGCGGCUCUGAGGUCACAGGGAGAGAAGAGGAGGAGGAGGAAGAGGAGGAGGAAGGACGAGGUCUUGGCGGCUCUGAGGUCGCAGGGAGAGAAGAGGAGGAAGAGGAGGAAGGACGAGGUCUUAGCGGCUCUGAGGUCACAGGGAGGGAAGAGGAGGAGGAGGAGGAAGGACGAGGUCUUAGCGGCUCUGAGGUCACAGGGAGGGAAGAGGAGGAGGAGGAGGAAGGACGAGGUCUUAGCGGCUCUGAGGUCACAGGGAGGGAAGAGGAGGAGGAGGUGGAGGAGGAGGAGAGCUCCACCUUGCGGCCAACGGAGGACGAAGACGACGAAGACACCACCGACCAGCAGGUUGAGGAAGAGGAGGAGGAGGAUGGAAUGAAGGGCAGCCUGGCCGGGACAGAGGAGGAGGAGGAGGAGGAGGAAGAGGGCGGGGAGGAGGAGGAGGAAGAGGCAGAGGGCAGGACGGAAGAUUCUGAAACCCAGGGAGAGGAGGAAGAGGAGGAGAGUGCAUCUUCGGAGGUGGAGGAGGAGGAGGAGGAGGAGGAGGAGGAGACGGAUGAGAAGGAGACGGGGAGCGCCACUGACGAAGAACCGGAGCAGGAGGAGGAGGAGGAGGAGGAAGAGGAGACGGAUGAGAAGGAGACGGGGAGCGCCACUGACGAAGAACCGGACCAGGAGGAGGAGGAAGAGGAGACGUCGAGCAGCACCCAGGAGGAAGACAGCAGCGACGAAGAGGAGGGCAGCCAAACUGAGGAAGAGGAGGAGGAAGGAGCAGAGGAGGAGGAGGAAGGAGGUGAGGAAGAACAGGAGAGCGAAGACACUGAGGAAGAGGAGGAGGAGGGAAGAGACAACGAAGAAGAGGAGGAGGAAGAUGAUAGUGAAAAGGAGGAGGAAGAUGACAGUGAAGAGGAGGAGGAAGAGAGUAAGGAGGAGGAAGAGGAGGCGGCGAGCAGCACCCAGGAGGAGGACAGCAGCGACGAAGAGGAGGGCAGCCAAACAGAGGAGGAGGAAGGAGCAGAGGAGGAGGAGGAAGGAGGUGAGGAAGAACAGGAGAGCGAAGACACAGAGAAAGAGGAGGAGGAGGGAAGAGACAACGAAGAAGAGGAGGAGGAAGAUGAUAGUGAAAAGGAGGAGGAAGAUGACAGUGAAGAGGAGGAGGAGGAAGAGAGUAAGGAAGAGGAGGAAGAGAGUGAGGAAGAAGAGGAAGGGAAGGAGGAGGAGGUGAAGAAAAAAGGGACUAAAUCCAGUGAAAAACAGAGCACCAAGUUGACCAAUAAGAGCCAGCCCCCGUCCAGAAGGAGAGGCGGAGCUACCGGAGAACCGGAAGAGUUCUGGGGCGACGUGAUGCCCCAAUACCUCCACCUGAAAUGACGGCCAUCUUGACAUCUUUACAUUUAGGCCUUGUUCCAAAACGACUUACCACCGUUCACAAACACAUUCACGGCAGAGUCCACCCCUCUGGGCGACCGCAACCUUCUGACGGGGAUCCGUUCGGGUGAGGUGCCUUGCUCAGGGACACCUAGACACUAGGCCCUCUGUACCGUGCCCAAGUCCGUUUGACACCUCUGCGCCCCUAAAGUCUAGAUCGCAAGCCAACCGUGCACAAGUACAGUUAAAUUCCGUGGCCUGAGUACACAUCGAAGAGGUCUGCUCAGGCCACGGUACAGAUGCUAAUGAGCCGACACGCGAAUCGUACUUCAGUACGGUACAGGUGUCAAACGGACAUGGGCACGGUACAGAUGUACUAGUGUGAGUGCGCCCUCAGUUACACCUCGACACUCAGCUAGGAGGAGCCGAGGAUCGAACUAGCAACCUUACAGUUUCAAGUCAACCCGCUCCAUGGAAAAGUGACUCACCGGUUGGGAAUAACUCCUUAGCCAAUGGACCAAUCAGAGUGCCUCGUUUGAUCACAUGUAAAUAUGGCUGGUUUGUUAUUUUUGUGUUACAUUUUGUGUGUUAACUUUCGCAAGCGUGUAUUGGUCUUUGCGCGUGUUCGUUUACAUUUGUUAGUUUACAUUUUAUCAGAUAUUAUAUUAACAAUGAUGAAUUGAUAUCGGGAUUUCUUUUAAGCAUCAUUAUUUAUAAUAUUUCUUUAUAUUGAUUUCUUCUCUACAAUUUUAGUAUUUAUCUUCCUGUCGCCAUUCAUGUUGUGAUAUUGAGGCACCAGAUAUGUGUGCGAGACUGAGUGCAUUUACUGCUAGUUCAGCCUGCUGACCACUGAUUGGUCAACGCGCAACAGGUGUGCAGCCUCUGCCAGAGUCCAAUCAGACUCAGGGACUAUGUAAGGGAUAAUGUAUAGAACGCCCGUCAUUAUCGAGAAAAUAAGCCCCGUCUUGCUUCGCCAUGAAGGGGCUUAUUUUACGAUAAUGACCGGCGAAGUUCUAUACAUUAUCCCGCUUAUUACACGGCUACUUCCCAAAACGAAACAAUUUAUUUACAAUGUAUUUGUUACCAGCAUUCAUAGUGUUGAUCAGCAGAGAAAUAGUCCGCCCAAGACGUUGACGUCGUCGCUUAGCAACCGACAGCGCUUGGGUUGAUACAUAUCCCGCUUAUUACAUUGACAAGUUACCGGACUACGUGCGGAGUGAUACCAAAGGCAAAAAGUCCUUUUGUUUACCUUGACAGCGGUCAUUAUUCAUCCGUUGCCAAUCACCGCCGAAAGUUGUGAAGUGCCCAUGCAAGUGAACGGAACGUUGAAAAGACCCGUGUAAUAAAUAUAUACAUUGUAUAAGUAAGGAGUAUUCAUUGUUAAAGCCCUCAGAUAUGUGAGGGUAUUUUGCCUUGAUCUGUGAAUGUUUACAUUAUGUCAUACUUCGCUCCUGUAAUCAAGAUAGCAAUAAUUUUUUUUGUACUUACUUUUAAUUUCACUUAAAUAUGUAAAUAAAUGCAUGUACAUUUAAAAAACA